CUUUACAUAUGUGAUCACCUGACUUCAACUCUGCUUCAUCCUAAACUAAAGUUUGAAAGCUGAGGAAUUCUCAUCUUAAAAAUGUCGAAGAAAGAAAAUAGUCAUGUGCCUGUUGAUAGCAAUGACGAUGAUUUGUCUCCGUCUGAAGAUUUGUCGUCGGAAGAUGAAGAUACUGUUUACGUCAAUGGGUUUCAACUUCUUUCGUCACAAGAAAAACAGGUGAAGGAAAUUUUUAAAAACCAUCCAGAACUCACUUCAGAUUUCAAGUUUAAGAAUCAACAGCUCAAGAAUGCUAUGAUGGAUGCCCUCCUAGACCUUAUCAACGUAUUGUGAAAGUCGACAAAAGAGCUUUCUUUGGAAGAGCUAAACGAAGCAGAGAAUACGCUAUUUGAUCUUACUAGAGCAGGCUUGAAAGUUGGUUGGUUGCGUCAGAAAUGGGAGGAAGCUUACUUGAAAAAGGAGAAACAGAGAGUUGUAAGGGCCAGGAUCAUAGAACUCGAGGAACAGGUCAAGAAGCGAAAGCUGGCUUUGUCCGACUUGGAAUCCGACCUUAUGAAAGAGAAAGCUGCGGUUCUGGCUGCUAACUUUCCUUUGUUUCAGCAAAUUUCCUUUCUGUUGGAGACUUUUUAGUUUGCUUGAUCAAGUCUCAAAUAUGAUUUUAGAGCUUGUUUAAUUUUUAUUUGAAUUAUCUAAGCAAAUCUAAUUAAUUAGUAGGAACCUUUUUAUUUCCGGGUUUAA